AUGAUGAUUACAGCCAAGUCUUCCUCUUCUACUUUGUGGAAGAGUCUGUUGUAUCAGUCAUUCACAUCGAUGAACUUGAAUAGUCAUCAUUCACUUCAACCCUUUACAAACUAUGCAUCUUCGUCGUCGGAUGGAAUAGAUUACGAAUGGAGUACAACAUUCAAAAAGAAAAAAGGGUUGUCUUUGACAAAGGACAAGAGCGUAUUAACUGGUAAAGAGAGAUUGGAUAAAAAGGAUACAAACUCUCUAGGAUUCUUAAACAAAUAUGGUUUGAUAUCUCAAGGUAUCAAUGCAAAGGAUUUAUUAUCAUCAUCAUCGAGUGAUCAAAACGAUCCUUCAAAGUCAUCUUCUAUUCAAGAAGAAGAAAAUAUUAUAAUGUUAAAUGAAGAUGGAGAAAUGAUUGAACCACCAAAGAAAAAGAAAUCAAGUAGUAAGAAAAAGGAUAUAAUCAAACAAGAAGAAGAGGAGGAAGAAGAGGAAGAUGGUAGAAGAGUAGAGUUAUUUGAAAAACCUAAAAAGAUUAGAAAGAAAAAGAUGGAUCUUGAACAAGAUCAAUUAAAAGUUGAUGAAGAUGGGAUUCAAAGAGUAAUGGAUGAUACUGAAGUAAAGAAACAAAGGAAAUCUAAAAAGUCUGAUCAUCAAAUGAUGCUUUUAGAUUUUGCUGAUAUUACACCACCACCAUCCUUAUUUGAUCCACAAAUCUAUACAACACCAUUGGAUUUAUCUGAUAUGGUUCAAGAUCCAACUUUGGCAUCGACAAGCAUUCACGAUGAGGUUGAAACAUCAUCAUCCUAUCUAAACUCUGUAAAUACACCAAAAAAAACAAGAAAGAAAAAGUUGACAACAAUCAUUGAAUCAAUGCCAAAUUAUAAUCAAGAUAGUCAAGAUAGUAAUAAUAAUAAUUUACAACAACAACAACAACAAUCAAUAUCUAUACUAAAUCAAGAACUAUUAAGAUCAUAUAAUCAAUGGGUAAUAGAGAAAAAGGAAUUAUUACAACAAUCAACAACAAAACAAAGAAAAAUAUCUUUACCAAAUAUACCAACUGGCAAAAAAUAUGAAGUGACACAUUCUGGUGGCCAUACAGAGGAUAAUACCUUAUUUUCACAAGAAUUUCCUUGGGAUGACUUGGUAAAUAGUUGUGCCAAGACUGUUUUUGGAGUUGGAGAAUUGAGAGCACUUCAAAAAGAUGCAAUCAAUGCGAUAUUGUAUCGAAGAGAUACGUUUGUUAGUUUACCAACUGGUGGUGGCAAGAGUUUGUGCUUUCAAUUACCGGCGUUGAUUGAUGCUGGGUUGACUGUGGUCGUGUCACCGCUGCUGGCGUUGAUGAACGACCAGGUCACCAAGUUGCGUCAAAGAGGGAUCCCUGCAGCAGUGCUGAAUAGCGGUAUCUCAGUGUCCGAGAGGACUAGGACAAUGGAGGAGUUGGAGAACCCGCAAGGGUCAAUCAAACUAUUGUACGUGACACCCGAGCGAUUGGUAAGCGAGGAUUUUGCAAAGAGAAUGGCGCGGUGGCAUUAUCAGGGACGGUUGCGAAGACUGGUUAUUGACGAAGCACAUUGUAUCUCGGAAUGGGGACAUGAUUUUAGAUCAGACUAUCGUAAACUCAGUAGCUUUAGAAAGACGUUUCCCCACGUACCUAUUGUCGCAUUGACAGCCACUGCAACAGACUAUGUCGAGCAUGAUAUCAAGAAUCAGCUUGGUAUCAGUCGUGACGAUGUUGUCAACGUGCGUGGAACGUUUCAAAGAAACAAUCUGCGUUAUGCGGUGAGAGAUAAACCGGCUAGCCCGAUUGGCGUAGCCAUGGACAUUGAAUCGUUUAUCAAGGCGAGGUAUCCGACAUCAUCGGGAAUAGUGUAUUGCGCGACAUCUGUAGAGUGUGAGAACCUGGCCAGCCACCUACGUGAUGUCGGGUUGUCUGCACACCACUACUAUGCGUCACUCUCCACACCCACUCGUCUUGAGAUUCAAGAUAACUGGAUCAAAGGCAAGAUCAAAGUGAUCUGCACAACCACUGCAUUUGGUAUGGGUAUUGAUAAACCCGACACACGAUUCGUCAUUCACCACUCAAUGCCCCAAUCGAUCGAAUCCUACUACCAGCACACUGGACGUGCCGGAAGAGACGGACAACUCAGCGACAGCAUACUCUAUUUCAGCGACAUUGACAAAAAGAGAAUGGAAAAGCUAAUGAAACCAACGACUAGUACUCAAGACCAGUAUGAAAAUAUCAGUAAUGACAAGGUUGGCGAUAUUUACGAGCGAAAGCUUGCUGCUCUCGACUCCCUCGUCUCUCUUCUCAAAGACACUGGUUGUCGUCACCAAAAAUUAACCAAUUACUUUGGUGACACCAAAAACAAACCAACAAGUUGCGGUCGUAUGUGUGACAAUUGUAUCGACAAAUAUUCAGGUAAACCAUCAAAAAAGCAGAAAAAUGAUCACACUGAAAGAAUCUACACAAAGUAUGAUUAUUCUCCAACAAAGAAGAAAUUAUCUUCAAAAAAAUAA